AUGAAGCUGUUCUGCCUGUUGCUGCUGCUAGCUAGUUCCUCAGGUAGAGAAGAGUACCCCACUCUGCCCUCCCAGGCCCUUACCACAGCACCAAGCCCAACCGAGGCAAAGUCUCGCUUUGCCAUGCUGGAUGAUGUCCGUCUACUCGCAAACGGCCUCCUUCAACUAGGCCAGAGUUUACGGGAGUUUGUCCACAAGACCAAGGGCCAGAUCAACGACAUCUUCCAGAAGUUGAACAUUUUCGACCGCUCUUUCUACCAGCUCUCGGUGGUCACAUCUGAGAUCAAGGAGGAAGAGGAGGAGCUGAAGAAGACCACCAACUUCUUGAAGGCCAACAAUGAGGAGAUCAGGAAUCUGUCGCUGGAAAUAAACUCUAAGAUUAACGGCAUCCUUCAGGAGCGUACACAGCUGCAGAGCAAGGUGGGGAACCUCGAGGAGCGACUGAAGGGCCUGUCGCAGAGCAUUAUCCCUGCUGAGCAGCUUAGCGAAAUUACAACGCUCAAGGAAGUGAUUGAAUCUCAAGAAAAAACAAUCAUCAAUCUGCUGAAAGCUGUGCAGGAGCAGCAUGAUCAGCUUGACAACCAGAAAUCCAAGAUUAAAAACCUGGAGGACAAGCUAAACUAUGACAGCUUUCAAGAUACAGUCGAUAAGCCAAUGGGUUCAGACCCUGCAGCUCCUGAUAUGUUUGAAUAUCUGACAGGAAACACAACUGACCUGGACGUCAAUGACCUCCCCGUGGAUUGCAGUGAGUUGUUUAACAAAGGAGAGGCAAACAGUGGAAUCUAUGUUAUCAAGCCAAACCAAUCUGAGCCAUUCAACGUUUACUGUGAAAUGAGUUCAGAUGGGGGUUCAACUGUCAUCCAACGCAGGGUCGAUGAUUCAGAUUUUGACCAGACAUGGGACAAGUACGAUAAAGGCUUUGGAGAUCUGGAAAAAGACUUCUGGUUGGGCUUGAAGAAGAUCCAGAGCUUUACGGAGCAGGGACUUUACAUCCUGCGUAUUGAUGUGGAGGACUGGAAGGAGGUGAAGCACUGGGCUGAGUAUAGCUUCUCACUGGAGGGUCCCUCCAAGGGCUACACUCUUCAUAUCAGCCACUUCUCUGGUGACCUGCCUGAUGCCAUGGCCAACAGCACCGGCAUGAGAUUCUCCACAAAAGACAGAAAUGAUGACAACCACCGAAACGACAACUGUGCUCGCAGUUACACAGGUGGUUGGUGGUUCAAUGCUUGCGGAGAGAACAACCUCAACGGAAGGUAUUUGUGGUCGAGGGCAAAAGGACGCUCUAUGAGAAGGAAGGGCAUUCAUUGGAAGCCUGGCACAGGGCCCUCAUAUUCCCUCAAGAUGACCAAGAUGACAGUACGACCAGCUCUGACUGCUGAAAACUUCAACUGA